AUGUUAGCAACAAGGAAACAACGACCAGAAGAAAGUAUUGACACGUAUUUACAAGCUUUGAAACUACUUUCUAAAGAUUGUGACUUUGCGGCUGUUGAUGCAGAAACAAAUAAAAACGAUAACAUACGUGAUGCUUUCAUAGCCGGUAUAUCAUCGCAUAAAAUCAGACAAAGGCUUUUAGAAAACUUAACUCUAACACUUGAUCAAGCUUACAACCAAGCGCUCUCUCUAGAAACUGCAGAGAUCAACUCUCAAAGCUUCAAUACUGUGUCUUUAAAUGCUGUUGCCGCAAAAGAACCAACAUUAAUCUCUCCGAAAACACAAACUGUUCACAACGAGACCUGCUCUUCUGUUAAUAAUCCUCGACGACGAAAAUGUUUCUUUUGUGGGGGACAAAUACAUCCUCGUAAAAAUUGCCCUGCAUUCGAAAAGACUUGUCAAACUUGGCAAACCCUAAAAAUCGGAAAUCAUAAAUAUGAUAAUGUGAAUCUUCUUAUUGUGAAAAAUCUUUGUGCUGAUAUAAUUAUCGGCCAUGACAUCCUCGAAGAACAUUCAUCACUAGAGUUCUCUUUCGGUGGGCCAAAACAUCCACUUCAAGUAUAUAACGUAACUGAAGCAUCAGAACAUCCAUUUCAAGUAUGUAACGUAGCUGAAGCAUCAGUACCAGCUGUAUCGCUUUUUGCGAAUGUACCUCCCAACUGCAAACCUAUUGCUAUCAAGUCUCGAAGGCACAGCAAAGAGUACAGGAAUUUUUACAUGUUCGAGGUAUUGCCACUAGUAGAACUACAGCUUAUAACCCUCAAGGUAACGGUCAAGUAGAAAAAUUGAAUUCUACUCUUUGGAGAACAAUUCUUUUGGCGCUGAAGACGAAGAAUCUUUCGGUAGAAGAUUGGGAGCAAGUAUUACCACAAGCCUUACAUUCAAUUCGAUCAUUACUUUGUACAGCCAUAAAUUGCACUCCACAUGAAAGAAUGUUUAGACACCCACGAAGAUCUACUAACGGCACUUCUGUUCCAUCGUGGCUUACAAAUUCUGGACAAGUCUUGGUGAAGAAAUUUAAUCGUACAAAUAAAUAUCAGCCAUUAGUAGAAGAGGUUGAAUUGAUACACAGCAAUCCUGACUUUUCAUACAUUCGGUUCCCAGAUGGCCGAGAAACAACGGUGUCAAAUCGUCAUCUAGCACCAUUGGGUUCAGAAGGGGUAGAUCUGCGAAUAGAUAAUGAACACACUACUGAUUACCAUAACGUCGCAGAACCACUUCCGAAUACACAAGAUCAAAACUUGGAGAUUCCUUCAUCUAAUGAGACGGAAUCUGUGGUACUUGAUAAUAACAGAGAGCUAGAGACUGAAUCAUCAUCAUCAUUACCGCCGGAGCCAACACUUCGUAGAUCUGGCCGCGUCCGUAAAACACCAGAAUUUUUAAAAGAUUAUGUUUUAAAUAGUGCGGGAGAAUGAUGUAAACUUCUUACUUAAAACUAUCAGCUAUAAGUUAAUGUCAUUGUCAAUCUGUUUUGUCAAUGUAUCUAAUGUAACUGAAACAAAUUUUACUGUUAAUGUUAGCUUAUUAAAACCUUAUAUUCAUUAAA